AUGAAGACAUCAAAUGUUCUUCUUGUCAUCUUAGUCCUGGUUUACAUCAAUGCCAGCACAGAAUGGCCUACGCACACAGUCUGCAAAGAGGACAACUUGGAAAUACAUUACAAAAGCUGUGAUCCCAAGCAAGAUUUUGCUUUCAGCAUUGACCGUUGCUCCGAAAUUGCAAGCCAAACCUUUAACGUCAGAGCUGCAAUGGUCUUAAGAGAGAACAUCAAGGAACUGCGUGUCAAGCUUGACCUAAUCAUGAAUGGAAAGACCGUCCUGAGCUACUCAGACACACUUUGUGAGCCGGGUCAUUCUAAGCUUAUUUUUUGUGGAAAGAAGAAAGGAGAACAUCUCUAUUAUGAGGGACCAGUCACACUGGGAAUCAAAGAAAUCCCACAGGGAGAUUACACUAUUACAGCAAAGCUGACUAAUGAAGAUCAUGCCCUUGUUGCUUGUGCCGAUUUUACCGUGAAAAAUUAUUUAGACUAUUAUUAACAAACUAAUCUCAUGAAAAGCUACAGACUACCAAAGCUAUUAAAGCCAAAUUAGCUGCUUGCAUGUUACAAUGAUUCUGAAGGAAAACAGUCCCUACACAGGUAGUUCUGAUGCUAUUGCUCUUUAUAACUCACUGUUUUCAAGAAGUCACUAGACCCUCUA